UCAAAAGUCAGUCAAAUCUCAAACCAGAAGUUCUGGGGAAUGGUUGAUUUUGCAUUUAAUAGAGUUGAACGAGGAAGAAGAAAAAAAUAUGGUGCUGAUAGAUCAUGUGCUGAAUGGUUAUUAAGAAAUGGUGCCACAUUAAAAUGGAAGGGUAUAAAUUCAUGGCAGUUAAAUUAUAAUGCUUUGCCAGAUCCCAAUACUAGCAAUCUUGAUAAUUAUAAAAUAGAAAUAAUUAAUGUAACAGAUUCUGGAGUAACAGGUUUUGGUUUCAACCAUUUAGAAGGAUUAAAUCAUGUGAAGAAAGUAAUAUUACAUAAAUCUAGGGUAGAUGAUAGAGGUUUGUUAUGUUUAAAGUUGAUCAAACAUACUCUAGAAGAUUUACAAGUUAGUCAAUGUCCAGAUGUUUCAGCAAGUGGUUUAAGAUGCCUA